GGCCAUUCCUCUGUACGCCAUUGAUAUUCGUUCAAUCAUUACCAUCAAUGUAACUUUGCUGCUUUGGUAACGUCUUGGAACAAAUCACCGUUUCCGGUCGAAAUUUAUCCAGAGAUCCAGAGCCUUGCAUCAUCAAUUGGAGCCGACUUACCACUUAGUCAAUACUGCCUUGGUUCCUGAAAGGAUUUCCUGUCGAGAAUGGCGACCGACGUUGAUGCGAGACUGCUGAAGUCUACUAAAUUUCCCCCCGAAUUCAGUCAAAAGGUGGACAUGCAGCAAGUGAACCUGCAUGUCAUGAAGAAGUGGAUUGCGAACAAAAUAUCCGAUGUUCUUGGUGAUGACGACGAUGUUGUCAUUGAGCUCUGCCUUAACCUAAUCGAGGGAUCGCGUUUUCCUGACAUCAAAUCUCUUCAAAUCCAGCUUACUGGAUUUCUCAACAAGCAGACCCCCUCCUUCUGCAAAGAGCUGUGGAACAUGCUUUUAAGCGCCCAGAGUAGCCCGCAAGGCGUCCCAAAGGAGCUUUUAGAGGCGAAGAAGCAAGAAUUGAUUCAAGAAAAGAUUGAAGCUGAUCGACUAGCCGAAGAAGCUCGUAAACGACGACAAGCAGCCGACCGAACCACGAUUGGAAGGGGCAAUGCGAGAGAUCGUCAUGAACAGACUGGAGCUCGUGCCCGUGAUACUUGGCGUGGCCGAUAUAGAGAUCAUAACAACUCCGACUCCUACAACAGGCCCAGCCCCAUUCGGCAUGGCCGCCGAUCGAUGUCACCGGUGCGUCACCGUGAGCGAAGGGACAGAGAUGGUUAUCGGGAUGCACCAUACUUUGACAGUUAUAAACCGGACAACCGUCGCCGCGGGCAACGAAACACAAACGCAACGCAACGAGAGAACGCGACUAGAUCACGUUCUCCAUGCGGCUUAUCUCACGCUGCUAGCUGCAGCCCGACGCCGGAAGCUCGACACCGUCGAUGUCCCAGCAUGACGCGUGAGUCACCCGCGAGCUCAUCACUAUCAGAAGAGAAGGAAUCACAACGACGGUCUCGCCCACGGACUCGAGGAGGACGAGUGGAUAAUUCAAUACGAGAUAGUCCACAUGGGUCACGGUCUAUGUCUCCUGAUAGCUACCCGCCUGCUUCGAAACGAGCGAGGCGUUCCCGCUCUCGAAGUUGAUCACGCAUCUGAGUAGAUGAGUAGACAGGCUGAGGUGCCCACGUAUGUCUGGCGCGUCUUCUAUGGCGCAUUUAGCUUGUAGCUGCGACUGGAAGCGUUGAGUCGGGCCGCUUAUACCCGAAUCUCGGAGAUACAAUACCCUCAAUGUCGUAAUAAAGAUCAACAUCCAGAAGGACAUAUGAUUCUAUAUAGUACGUGCAAGACGAAAGGUCUCGAAUAUGGUGGGAGCGAAGAGCAGUUGCAGUUCUCUCUCCACCUUUUAGCUUAAUGUCAGAAUAAUCGGGUCAAGGUACCGCGGAAUUAUCCAUGUUCCAUUCUUCUAGACUUGAGGGUGUCAGAUGCAGCGUAACCAGAACGGU